CUUCUGCCUCCUUCUCUUUUGCCUCGGUCAGGUCUCGUCAUCGAUUCGACCGCAUACGCUCCUUUGUUUCGUCGCUGAGACUGUUGUGCCAGUCCGUGUUGUGGUCUCGACCACCGUCCACUCGUUUUGUGAAGCCAUCACAACAACAUCCCGUUCACCAUGAAGUACUCUGCUUCUCUCGCCAUUGCCGGCGCUGCCGCCGUCUCGGCCGUGGCCGUGCCCCUCGAGGCUCCCAUCGACUACUGCCCUGUCGUCGUCAAGACCAUUGGUCUCUCCUGGAUCGAGCUGGAGCACUUUGAGCCGGCUCACACCGUGCCCCUCGAGGAGGCCCAGAAAUGUAUCGAGAACUCCAAGCCCGACCCGGCCAUGGUCUUCCCCAACCUCAACCUGACCGCCCCUGCCGAGGACGACACCUAUCCUUCCGGCAGCGACGACAGCUACCCGAUCGGCGGUGCCUACCCGACCGGCGGCUACCCUGCUGGUAGCUACCCAGCCGGCCACCUGAGCAGCUCGUACUCGGCCUCGGUCGCUGCGCCUUACCCUACUGGCUUCGCCAACUUCUCUUCGAACUACCCCAUUCCUCCCACUGGUGGUCUUUACAGCAGCAAGUCUGCCAGCGCCAGCAGCGUCAGCGCUGCUGCAAGCUCCAGCACCAGCUCCAGCAGCGCCUCCGCCGUGACCCCUGCUGCCAUCCGCAGCAGCACCAGCUCUUCCAGCUCUGCCUCGGCGACCGCCUCGUCGAAUGGCGCCCGCCCCACCGGCUGCAGCACCCCUCGUGUCCGUGUCGAGUGGGACAACCUGAGUAACACCCAGCGUGAUGCCUACGUUGCCGGCAUUCGCUGCUUGAUGGAGAAGCCCUCGAGCAACCCCAAGAAGUUCCCCGGCUCCCGCAGCUUGUACGAGGACCUGUCCAGUCUGCACCAGCAGGUCGUCAGCUCCGUUCACCAGAGCGGAAAGUUCCUCGUCUUCCACCGCUUCUACGUCCACAUUUUUGAGAAGCUGCUCCGCGACCAGUGCGCCUACAACGGCCCGAUCGCCUGGUGGGACGAGUCCAAGCACGCCGGCAAGUUCUCCAGCGCCGACCUCUUCACUCCGCGCUGGUUCGGCGCCAUGCCCUACGCUGUCAACGGCCGUGGUGUCUGUAUCAUGGAGUCUGGCUUUGGCAACUAUGAGCCCAACCUCGGCCCCGGCGCUGCCAUCAACAACCCCCACUGCCUGUCCCGUGCCCUGGAUGACCAGUCGACCCUCGGUUGCGGCCCGUCUUACGUCGACAACUGCGCCAAGGCUCAGAACUACGAUGCCUACCGCCAGUGCGCCGAGAUGACCUUCCACGCCUACGGACACAACGGUGUCGGCUCCGUCAUGUCUAACGUCGCCACUUCUCCUGAGGAUCCGCUCUUUUUUUUGCACCAUGGAUGGAUAGAUCGCAACUAUCGCUUCUGGCAGAACCGCGGAGCGACCCGGAACAACGAGAUGGGCGGCGCGUUCAGCUCUACCAACUCCCGCCAGGUUCUCCCCAGCGACACGCUCCCCGCGCUCGGUCUCGUGCCCGAUGUGACCAUUGCCGACGUCAUGAACACCGAGAACAGUUACCUGUGCUACCGCUACGACUCCGAGUAAACUCGGAGUCGCCCUGACCCGACCCGGCUUGGACACUUUUAAUAGAGAAGGGGUAUAUAUAUAUCUACGUAUAUAUAGACGCUUGCGGUACCAGUAUAUAUAAUCAGCACAGUUACAUUAAUCUUCAUCCAAUUCAAGGCGGGACAUGACCUGGUUGCGAAAAG